AUGAGAAACUUCCCUGACGACGAGAGGGAGCGGAGCGUGGAUAAAAAGGAGGAGAGAGAUUUAAAGAACGAGUUGCAUGGUCCUCCAGAGCACCGACUGUGGUGGUCCCAGUGCAUGGUCCUCCAGAGCACCGACUGUGGUGGUCCCAGUGCAUGGUCCUCCAGAGACUGUGGUGGUCCCAGUGCAUGGUCCUCCAGAGCACCGACUGUGGUGGUCCCAGUGCAUGGUCCUCGGGGUCAGUGGAAAAGUUCAUACAUUUCAUCAUCGGACUGA